AUGAAUCCAAUAUCGUGUAAAAACCAUCCAGGUAAUUUAGCCAUCUUUUUACUUUGGAAUUCUUCUAUUGUAUAAUUUGCUUGCAACGAAUGCGAUGAUAAUCAAUCUAAAUUAAGUAGUGAAAAGAAGUUAAAAAAAUUAACAAUCAAAAAAGCAUUAUAGGAACCUGAUUAUUUUAUUAAAUAAUUUAAUUUAGAUGAAACAAGCCAAAGAAUAAUGAACAAUUUAUAAAGCAAACCAGAUUCCGUUUUGAAAGAACUGAUAGAAAAUCUUGAAAAAUCUAUAAAAGAUAUUUAAAUAAUGUUAGAAUAAGCAAUUAUUCAAUUUAAAGGAUAAAUUUUACAUAUCAUAAAAUGCAGAGAUUAGUUUAGAACUAAUUUGGGAAAAGUAAUAUAUCUAAUAAUUUAGAUUUCAUAUUAUACAUAGUUUACACAAUUAAUAAAUAAUCUAAAUAAUUAAAAAGUUGUUUCUCAUGAUUUUGUUAACGAAAUUGAAAAUAAUAUCUAAAUUUUAUUUUUUAAAAUGCAAAAGAAUACAGCUAUUUUUAAUUAAGAGGUUUAGAAAUAAUAUGUAAUACCUAAAUUAGAUAAAAAAGAAGGAAAUUUUUAAAUAUAAUAGUUAUAACAGAGAUUAAUGUAAUUUAGAAAAGACAUUCAUCCAAUUUUUGAGAAUAAUUUAUCGAGAUUUUCAAAUUCAUUAAAAUUCUCAUAAAAUUAAAAGCAUCAAAAUUGUAAAGUAUCUUAAAAUGGUAAAUUGAUUGAGACAGAAUUAAAUGUAUGGUAAUGUUGUUUAUGCGAUCAAAUGAUUCCAACAGACUGUUCGACUUAAUUUGCAUUUAAGAUAAUUGAAUUAAAAUAUGUUAUGAUUGGAAUAGGUUUUCGAGAUACUGUAUAGAGUAAAUAUUAUGGAAAUUGUAGUGGUUUAGGAGCUGGGUAUAAUUAUAUAAUUAAUAAAUCUAAAUAGAACUUAUUGUAUAUAUAACUCAGGUCUUUGUUACUCUAAUGAUUAAAGUGAUAUGGAUAAUAAAUAUAUAGGGUUUGGAUUUUCAGUAAAUGAUAUUAUCAUAGUUGAAGUAAAUAUUUAAAAAAAAAUUGUAAAAUGGACUAAAUAAUCUACAAACCAAUCAUUUGUAUCAAUCUCUAAAAUAUAAUUAAGUCUAUGAAUAUUGAUAUUCAAAAAGAAUUAUACCCUUGCAUACAAUUAAACGAUAGGUGCAAAAUAGAAAUUUUGGAUUACCCAUUUGAAUGA